CAAGCCAGAUCUGUAAUUCAAAUAUCUAUUAUUCAAAUAUAAGUAAUCUGAGCUCCUGAAAAGUCAAGAUGUAUUUCUUCGCAAGUCUUUUGUUCAUAAUUCCCAUCUCCUCCUUUGCAGCGGUGGUGACUAGUUCACCACCGGUUUUGGUCUGGGGAGUUGAUACCCCUAAAGCCAGCAGCAUUUUUCGGCCUGUGAAAACGGCACAGUUUCAAGAGAUAAUACGAAAUCUGCAGGCGAAUAAUAUGAUAAUCAUCUACUUGGCCUCGGAGCUAGCGGCCAAGGAUAUAAACUGCGACGUGUGCUUUCCCUACCUCAGCAAGAUCCAGCCCAUGAACUUCUACAGCCAGGUGGAGGAGCCUCUAAAGGCCGUGGAACAGGUGGCUGCGAUUAUUUGGCACACCCCCCAGGUCGAAGAAAUGGGCAGCUUGGAGGCGGAAAUGGAGCUGUCGUGCCAAAAAGGGCAGAUACACGCCUUCAGAUUCAACGACCGCAAUUUGCUAGCUCACGACGCUGCAAUGGCGGUGGCAACCUAUCAGUUCACGGACUGCCCGGUGGUGCAUGUGUACACCGCUUACACGGAGGAGGACAAAGCGCUCCGGCGUCGCACAUCCCACAAGACCAAAGCCAUGCCCAUUAGAUCGGAGGCAUCGAAGAAUACCGAUGGAAUGCCGAGCGUCUCUGAUAUCGGGCCGCAGCUGGUCAACUACAGCCAGGCUGAUAACAUAACCGUGCUGCGCCACGAAAUGGUCAUCCUCACCUUUCGAAACAUCCUGUUGGCCACCAAGAAGCGCCCCUCCGUGUUCUCCCCCUUCAACCGAACGAACGUGCAGCUCACCCCGGGCAGUGAGGUGGUGCAGGUGGGCCUGCUCAAUGGCCUGGACAUUUUCGGUGGCAUCGUGUUGGUGCUGGACACAGAAGACGGUCCGCUGGUCAUGGAGCUGGUGCCAUCGCAGGGCAAUUGGUACCUGACGCGCAUAAUCUUCAGGAACAACACCCACCAUCCACGCGAUCUCUACUUCUUCGGCUUCCAGUUCAGUUUUUGCUGCACGGACAUCACAGUGUAUUCUCCGGCGGCGGGGCGACUUAGUUUCUUCGACUUUCACCUGGAUAUCCUUUGGCAAGAUAAGGGCACUGGCUUGGACCUGGAAUACGACGUGAAGCCGUGCUGGGACUGUAAUAUACUAAUGACUCCGACCCUGACGCAGACCAUCUUCGUGGUGCUGAUCAUCUUGGCGGUGUUCUGGGGUGGGAUGGCAAUGCUACUUUCGAUCGGCCGCAACCACAUGCUGCAAAACGCCAACGAUCCUGACCUGCACAUCAAGACGGACACCUAGGCGAUGCGCAACUGUGGUGGCGACCCUCGCCCACGCUCUUUGAUGCACAUGCGGCACAGUACACACACAUUCCACACACCACUCUACACAUUCUGCUAAUUCACUUGCUUACAAUUCUAAUCGCUUGGGGUUGCG